AAUAACAGGAGAUACACCAUUGAAAACCCUGAUAAUCAUCUUUAUAGCUUUGAAAAACAGUCGUGAGGAGAGAGAGAGAGUAUGAGCAUUUCAGUUGAGCCUAUUCUGCCCUGGUUUGUGUUUGCUGCGGUGACACGGUGCCGCACUGAGUGAAGAUUGCGUUCAUAAUCACUUAUUUGGGGUGGAGUGGGGAAAGGAGAGUCAGGAAGUGAGGAUAUUUAUAUUAUUUGACAUAUUAUUUGAUAACAUGUCAACUUUUGUGUGUGUGUGUGUGUGUGUGCGCGGGGGUGGGUGUUGGAUCAGUGACAGGUGGCGCUGCUGGGGAGUUACCACUGCGAGCGGCUGGCUGGCUGCAGUGUUUUGGUCAGCACUGGUCAGUCUUGCCCCACACGCUCUAUUAACCAGUGUUUCCGUCUUCCCGACACCUUCUUCCUGCACCAAGCACCGUCAAGCAUCACCAGAGAGGCACGAGUACGUAAGCUAUCCAACAUCAGAACAGUAUAUGAAUAUGGCAAAUGCUGUUUUGACAUCAUUUCCUGCCAUCCUGAGAAACAGUGAUCUCGAGGAGCAUGAAAUGCAGCUGCAAUGGAAAUUGCACAUCCAGUGCAAGUUUCAGAAUUCAAGAAAGAGGCAGGAUUCCUCAGUGACUGAGGUGACGUCAAGGAAAAAGAAGAUCCCUUGCAUAGCGCCAAAAGAGACUACAUGUCCACUGAUGUAUGGAGUAAAGGCUAACCUUCCACCAAGGCUUCAUUCAGAAGAUGAUGAGUCAUUAGAGAGACAUAGACAGUGGCUUGCUCUACACUGGAUGAAGAAAGAUCCCGAGUUAGAUAAGCUAUCCAACAUCAGAACAGUAUAUGAAUAUGGCAAAUGCUGUUUUGACAUCAUUUCCUGCCAUCCUGAGAAACAGUGAUCUCGAGAAGCAUGAAAUGCAGCUGCAAUGGAAAUUGCGCAUCCAGUGCAAGUUUCAGAAUUCAAGAAAGAGGCAGGAUUCCUCAGUGACUGAGGUGACGUCAAGGAAAAAGAAGAUCCCUUGCAUAGCGCCAAAAGAGACUACAUGUCCACUGAUGUAUGGAGUAAAGGCUUACCUUCCACCAAGGCUUCAUUCAGAAGAUGAUGAGUCAUUAGAGAGACAUAGACAGUGGCUUGCUCUACACUGGAUGAAGAAAGAUCCCGAGUUAGAUAAGAUAAUCAAGGAGUUCCUGAGAUUAGAACCACAAGCGGAUGAACCAGACCCAAGAGUAGCAGUUUUGAAAGGGCUGGAGAAAUAUAGGCUCCCAAUAAUUGCCAUUCUCAAAAAAAGAAAAGCAGUUCCUCUGUAUAUGGAAACCUUACUUGAACUCUAUGACCACGAUGAAAGUCAAUAUGCUUGCUUAGUUAUAUUGGGGUUACUUCACCUGCUUGGAGAAAGGAAAGAUUCCAUUUUUACUAAGAUAUUUUUCCUGUAUCUGAGUUGGGCAAGCCAGCCCAGCUCAGUGCCGGUCACAAGCCCGGAUAAAUGGGGAGUGUUGCUGACAGGUCUAGUCAACCGAGCGUCAAAAACAAGACCAAACAUAAAUAAUGAACCUUAGGAAUACCUGUAUACUGGUAAUUUUUAUGUAUAGCAGGGAUGGACUAUUAUCUUGUCUGUUAAAUUUAGAAACACCAUUGUAGAGACUGAAUGCUCCAAUAAAGUGUUCAGUGCAAAUUUAACAGUGGUAUGAUAUACAGUACAGUAGUGUAUAGUGUAUAAUUUAAUUAAUAAAUUAGUAUGGAAGGAAAACCCGACAAUCAGGGUGCAGUCUCCAGCAAGUGUUUUCAUCCAGACUUGUGUGGAUGUACUCAGCUCUCUUGAAUCAAAGGACAUGUCAAAGUGUCUCUGGAUGCUCUGAAUUUGCUUGGGAAAACACUCAGAAUCCAUUUGAGAGGGCCCAGUCAGAAAUGGACCAUGGCCUUAGCUUGAAGAAGCAGCAGACACAGACCAGGUAAUUGCCUCAAGACUAUGAAGAACUUUUAUAACUAAUGCCUUAAGUGUCAGGCCUGCUAUUUACUUUACUUCAUUUGAGGCAAAAAUGAAAAUGAUGUAGAUAACCUGGUAUGGGAGAUGAUGAUGACGAACUAUGCUUCCUUGCCUUACUAAUGCAAUAUGUACCAAUUUACUUGCAUUGUGAUUUACUUAAGCCAGAUAGCAUUUACUCAUUAAAUAUGUCAAAUUUUAAGUAUUAUAUAGUUCAUGGUUGUUUUCAAGUAGUUACAGUUAUGCAUGCAGUAUAUAAAAUUAUGACGGGUGGUUUCACAUAGUUAAGAGUCAUAAAUGAACUUGCCCACAGGAUAUAAAGAUGGAGAGAAAUAGACCCAUCACCUACACUCAGCAUAUUCCAGUGAUUAUUUGACUUUACAUAAAUAACACACUGAAUAUAGAUAAAUGCAUCUGAGGUUCCCUUUCACUCUCUGCUAGUAAAACUGUGAUCAGCAAACAAGCUUGCUAUUACUGCCUACCCUCCUCUAUUCUCCCAGCCUUACACUAACAUUUCCAACUUUGCAUUAAUCUCUCUCAUGCCAUCCAUAACAUAAAACAUUGAGUCACCAUAGAAUCAUCACUCACUGGCCUCACUUUGCUCCAAUAACAAAACCCUCACUGCAAUAAUUCAUCCUAAGUAACAUGUUUUCACCCUAAGCAGCUCUUACCCUAACCACACCCUAGCUUCCUCUCCUGCCCACGCAUCAUCUUAUCUUGGAAAUUUUCACCCUGUGCAUACCAAACUAACACAUAUUCACCUUAACAGUAUUUCACCCUUAUUAAUUCCCUCAUCCCAACCCAACCCUCUCUCAACCUACCUCCCCCUCAUAGGCUGCUGACAGGGUGCUAUAACAACAUCCUACCCCUGUGGUUUGUGCAGGUGCUGGUGGUGGAGGAAAAGGAUGACAAUGCCCACCGUAUCACAAUCCCUGAUCACCACACCCCUGUCAUGUCUGUCACCUUAAUACAUACUGUAACCUUCAUGUUGUCAUUCAUCAAGAGAGAGAGAGAGGGACCGAGGAGGAAGAGAGAAAGAGAAUUUGAACAAGCAAGAAGAAAAAAAGAGAAUUUUGUAAAUGAAAAGAAGGAAAAAGGAAGAAUAUGAGAGAGAUAGUUUUGUGUACUGCUACUACUACUACUACUAAUACUACUAAUAAUAUGACUCCAAUUGUCAGUGGGGAGUCAAUAGGAGCUUUGAAAGACUAGAUAAAUGUAUGGAUGGGGAAAGAAGCAGGCAUGUCUCAUACAAGGACUGCAACAUGUAGGCCUGAUGGCUUCCUGCACCAACUCUUGUGUUUUGAUGUCUGCCACAUCACAACACUACACCAUCUACCUUACCAGACAAAUAGAAAACCACCAAAUAUUUAUUGACUUCCUCUCUCACCCUGAAAACUGAAAAACACCCAAAAUAUUCAUCUACCAUUACUUUGAGAGAGAGAGAGAAAGAGAGAGAGAGA